AGUGAUGGUGGAGUUAGCUCAAAAACUUGUUUUGAAAAAAAUUAAAACCAUGCAAGCAUUAAACAAACUUUUGUUCCAAAAUUCUGAUAGCGUUUACAAAUACUCCCCUUCCAGAUGUUCAUCAUGCGUGACGUUUCGAACAACCUACCCUCUUCUCCAAGAAAAAAAAGAAAAGAAAAUGCUAAAAAUUGCAGCUAGACGACCAUAGGAGCCUCUCUCUCUCCCAACAUUUUCUUUGUAUUCUCUCUCUCUCUCUCUCUCUCUCUCUCUCUCUCUCCAUGAAUUCCGUGAACUAAUCACCUCUGGAAUUCAUAUCAUAAACCCUACAGAAAAGCCAGCCCACAAAGAUGCUUCAUUUCACAAUUCACCUGACUGAACAAUAGUACACUACUAUCCGGGCCAACAAAACAGACGAAAAUAACACAAAAGGCAAUUCACUUUCUUUCAAUUUCCACAGUUUCUUGAUUUGUCAUGUAUAGAUCUGGAACCGUGAUGGCCUGGAACGUGUUCAAGUUCUGCACGGCCCUGCGUGGCCUAGGCUCGAUCAUGAUCUUGUUGGUCCUGGGUGUUGUGGGUGUCACCUAUUAUGCCGUUGUUGUCUCCAAUUAUGCCCCUGAUUUGUACCAGGGUGGCUUUGUUUCUCUCACCGCAGUCGCUGACUUGAUCUUGUUUCAUCUUCUUUUAGUGAUGCUGUUGUGGAGUUACUUCACUGUUGUCUUUACGGAUCCGGGUUGUGUGCCUCCUAAUUGGAAGCCUCUUUUGGACGAGGAGAGAGGUGACACUGAUCCGUUGACUGGGUCAGAGUUUGGUGGUAUGCCGCCAGAUGCGGUGAAUCCAAGGAUCCGGUAUUGUCGGAAGUGCAACCAGCUGAAACCACCACGGUGCCAUCACUGCUCUGUUUGCGGGAGGUGCGUGCUAAAAAUGGACCAUCACUGUGUGUGGGUUGUCAAUUGCGUGGGGGCAUUGAAUUACAAGUAUUUCCUUCUUUUCCUGUUCUACACAUUUCUUGAAACGACUCUUGUGACUCUGUCAUUACUGCCACAUUUUAUAGCAUUCUUUAGUGACGAUGAGAUACCUGGGACACCAAGCAUGCUGGCAACUACAUUUCUUGCCUUUGUUCUAAAUCUUGCUUUUGCAUUGAGUGUAUUGGGGUUUCUGAUUAUGCACAUAUCUUUGGUGGCUGCAAAUACGACCACCAUUGAGGCAUAUGAAAAGAAGACAACUCCGAAAUGGCGGUAUGACCUUGGUCGAAAGAAGAACUUUGAACAGAUUCAAUACCCUACCCUCAGUGCCUUACCGUUGGGUGUCCUAUCUUGGAACUACAUUAGAAGAGCCAAUGAAAGAUUGGCUGCGGGUCGGCUGCAACUCUGUGCCACUUUGAACUAUAUAAUACCCUGAAGGCAUGAAAGGAGAUUGUAAGAAACCAAAUGAUCCCUAAUCAUCAAGUGCCAGUUGCUUCACUGGUAGCCCAACUUAGGUUGGGUGGGCAUGGUCCCUCGGUUGUUGCCAAAAGCUAUUGUAAUUGAAAUGCUUAGGUUUGUCGGAGUAGGGUCUUUGGAUCCGACUUCUUGAUUUCAUAUUCAUUCACAGCACUUGGUCCAUGCUAUUUUUCUAGCCCUUUACAAUCCAGAACUACUCAGGAAAGUAGGUUUUGUUUGGUUCAGCGAUUUUGUAGAGGAUUUGUCAAUGGUAAUGAAAACGUGGGGGAUUUUCCCUCACAAGUUGAAGGUAUUUCCCUCACCAUUCCUCCUCCCCCCCCCCCCCCCCGCCCCCCCCCCCCCCCCCCCCCAACAAAUCCUUGCACAGAUCCUUAUCCAAACACACCCCUGGGUAAGAUAGAGGAUGGCUAUGAUAACUGACCAAGGAACCAACUGACUGUGGCUAAAGCAAGCUCUUUUGACAAGUACAAUUGCUGCUUGAUUGGCAAUUGGCACCCAGUAGAGGGAAAUAGUGAGGGGGAGAUCUCUGUAGAAGGGUGAAGGAUCAAUCGCUUUGACUUUGCCCACCUGCUAAUACUGUAGGUCAGAAUUGAAGAGUGUGAUCCAUGACUAUCCAGCAGCGCAGGAGCACUUCCAAUCUGUGCUACCGGUUAAUGGACUCCCCUCUAUCAAGCAAGAAACGGCUAGGGUCAGCGCUGAAUUUUUUAUUCUUUAUAUCAGCUGGGUCACCAUUGAUUCUGUUUGGUACUAUGGUAAAUCCUCUUAUGAAGCACGGGUACUGUGAAAAUGUUUGCGUACAAGUAUGACAAAUUACAUACCUGGUAUGCCAAAAAUAUGUUGGGUACGUUUUGGUAUUGGGGUAAGGUGUCAGUAUCCCCGGGGUGCGGAAUGAGUACUUCGAUGGGUACGGCUCCGGUACACCUCUUUCUUUUUUGUAUACUAGAUACUUUGUGGUAAAUAUCAAGAACUAUUCUUUUUUCUUUCCACUUAUUUCACUUUUUAGUUUUUGCAGUAUCGUCAUACCCUUAAUGUACUGUACCCAUGUGGUCAUGGGUACCGCAGUGGUGCUUCAUAGUAAAUCAGUGUAAUGUAAAUCUGGAAACUAGUUUUGGUGAAUUUUAUGAAGUGCGGAUAUGUCUAGAAGAGAAUCGUAUUGUGUUAUAUCUGGACCGCAUGCUGAUACUCCUCCAGUGCUUUCUAAAUCUUUCCAUUAUUUAAUAUUAACUUCUGCUUCCUUUGUGGUACUCUGGGCCACAUAUCCAAA